UGAACGAUUUUGAUCAGAAAGCGUCAAUUAGACACAGAGCAGAAAAUAAACAAAUAUUCCCACGCUCAUUUCCUCAUGAAAUUAAUGAAUUUUUAUACAAAGAAAAGACAGUGAUACUUAUUCUGUCACUUUACUUACUUAUUAUGAGUGUUUAUCCGUAAUGUCUUUUCUUGACGAUGAGGAUAAAUUGAUAGCAGCAUGGCAUAAAGCGUUUGAAAGGUGCACCGAUGUAGAUUUGUGGGGCCAACCACUGGAAGCAAUUGAUGGAUAUCAGAGACUUUCAAAACAACUGCAGCAAUGUUCAAAUGUGGACUGUCAAAUUUUCACUGAUGAACAAAAAAAAAUUCUUUCAAAGAUAUCUAUUUGCUUGGAUCUGAGAUGUAAAGCAUUGCAGAAUCCAGGAAGUAUUGAGGGAAUUUUAUUGGAUGAUUUGAAAAAGAUUGGCAAUACUUUACAGAAUAUUAUUAAUCAGAAGAGUAAAGAUUUUCCAGUAGAUGUGACUGCAGCUCAGAUACAAUCACAGACAUUCAAUGGAAUCAAGACACAACACAGUUCUGACAAUGAAGAUGACAGACAAGAAAAAGAUGCCUUUUUUGUAUAUGAUGUUUCAGUUAAAGGAAGUUUAUUACCAAAGCCAGUUUCGUAUGGAGGAUUACCGAUGCUUACUAUCAGGGUAGAGAAGAUAGGUCUGAAGGAUGCUGUAUCAUACAUUGACCCAAUCAUCACUGUUUCUGUUAAAGAUGCUAGUGGUAGUGAUAUGACAGCACCACAGGACACACCUAUUGCUAUGAGCAAGGAAGGAAGUUAUUUGAUUUACAAUGUUGAUGUUUUUGUACAGAAAUGUAUUGAUAGUUUGCCAUUAGGUUUUGCAAUAUUUUUUGAAUUGAAGCAUUACAAACCAAAGAAAAAAGAUGUUAGUACUAAGUGCUGGGCCUUUAUGGAGAAAGAUGAAAUCAAAGAGGGACAAGCUGCCUUAGAACUAUACAAGAAACCAACAGAUUUCAAAAGGAAGAAGUUAAAUCUUUUGACAGUAAAACCAUUAUAUUUACAUGUGAAGCUGUUGAUUAAUAUCUAAAUGUUUAUUUACAUUUAAGUUAACUAUAUUAUUUUAUUAUAUAUAUACAUAUCAUUUUAUAUCAGAUCUAAUGAAGAUUUUUUUAUACAGUUUAUUAAGUAGUAUUUUUUUGUAUUAUUAUCUUUUUUUUCAUAACAGAAUUAAUCUGUCAGUAAUAUUUUUUUAAAGUAUUUUAAUUUAUAAGUAUUAUUUUUUGCUUUAAUGGGAGAUAACUGUUGAUUGGAUAAAGGGAUAUAACUGCAAUAGUAAUUGUUUAUGUGUUUUGUAAAAUCAGUUUGUAUGAAAUCCUAUGUUUACAGAUGUAAAGCUGAAGACUAAGUAAUUGUCUACCAAGGAAAAUUAAAUCAGUCUUAAGAAGCAUUUUAGCCAGUUUAAAUUUUUAGAUGAGGUUGUGGGACAUUCUCUUUUUUGCCAAAAUUGUUUUUUUUUUAUAUCAUAAGUUUUGACUGAUAUUUAAUAAAAAGAAAACGAUGGAAAGAAAACAAGUUUCUGGGUUACAUGUUUGAAUUUGUAGUCUUCAACUGUGUUCUCAUUUUUUCCUUCAUUUAUCAGUAAAUCAGUGACUUUAAUCCGAUACUUAAAGUUUGGCAAGGAAACGCCAGGAAGUUAACUUACUGCUUAUGGAAUCCAAAUCUGAACCUCCUUUUUCAGCUAAAAAUAUAGAACUUUUUA